CAAUCAGCAACGCGCGUGUGGUCGUAAUCAGUGGCUGAAUAACUCAGAGCCAACCACCUGUCUGAUCAUACGUGCUCAUUUGAAGAUGAUGCGAUUGCUGUUUCUGUGUCUGCUGCUACUUCUGCCACCUUCUGCUGCUGAUAAUUCAGAACUUGAAGGAUCAGCUGACGACCCGGAUGAUGAGGAUUAUAAGAGGGAACGUGAACCUCUAGGGACCAAUCCAAAUCCUGGGACAGGCAAAACCACUGGUGUGGAGGAGGACAGAGAUGAGAGCUACAUGAUUAUCAUAGUUAUAGCGGGGGUGGUGCUGGCUCUUUCGGUCGCAGCAGUUGUCAUCAUAUUGAUAGUGAGGCGCAAGAUGCAGCAGCGGGAGCAGGGGAUCUACUCUGUGCCAGUAGAACAGGACCACAAAGAGCCCGUCUAGUUCCUGGUUACAGCUACAAGCCCUAUAACACACAGGCAAGAGAGGUCGAUGCAUCAGGAAAUGCUAUCUCCUACUCUUUGACUCAGGACAGCUAGACUUGGAACAACAGCCUGCUUCUGAAUGUUCAGUUCAUUCCUCACUCCCACAUAACCUCCUAUACAUGUGUAGCAUAUGCAGUUUUUUUUUUUUUGUGGUUUUUUUAAAAUUUUUUUGUAUACUUUUGUGUUUGUCCCAGUCAUUUGUUCUGUAUACACAUAAUUUAGCCUGGGACUUUUGGAACACAGUCAAACCUUCUAAUUGGAUUCUAUUUGAGGAAUCCAAAUCAAAGCCAGUGAAUGUGGCUUGAAGCUCCUUUUGUUGAAAGGGAUAAUUUAGCACAGCCAGAACUCCCUGAUUUUUUUUUUUUUUUUUUUUUUUUUUUUUUUUUUUUUUUCCCUUUAAUUCCUGAGACAAGAAAUUAUUCCCUAUGCAGUGUAACUCUGAGAGACCCGUCUAUGUGAAAUGGUCGUUGAGUGAGACAAACCACACUAAUCCAGCCUAAGCCGGCCUCGCGUUCAUUCCUAUUCACUUGUGUGACAUUUUCUCUUCCUGGCCCAUUAGGAAUGACAGGAGGCAACAAAAUAGGAAGAUAAAAACCCGUUCACUGUCUUCUUAACUUCCAGUUACAACAGGAGAAGGGAAAAAACCCCUGAAACAAGUGGAAACGGCUAGUGCUAAAACCUUCCUGCACUGCCACAAAUUAAUCAACUACCAUGAAUGAUGAUGUUUUCCAAUCCCCUCCUCUUGAAAGGCUUUCACUUUAGAUUGUAAAUAGCUCUCUGAAUGCUGUGGAGAGUUAGAUUAAUGCCUCCCACACUGGUUACAGAGAACCUCGUUAUGAGGGAGGGAAGGAUAAAAUCUCAAGAAUUAAAUAAAGUAGGAUGAUUGGAGAAAAUGCCAACAAUGCCUUUGUUUCAUUCAUACGGAACACACAGUUUUCUCUGGUUUUAUUCAAAUCAGCCCGAUCGUGCUGUGUACAGGAACGCUUUCUAUCCAAGAAUCUAAGGCGCCGGCUUUCCUGGUUGUUUGUCGGCAAAAGGGAAUCUGUUUUCCUUGUCAGCUUUCUGUCUGUGCCAUCAGAAGGAGCACUGAUAAUGGAAUUAAUAACACUGGGAACGACUAUAUGGAGUUAAAUAGUGGAUAUGCCGAAGCAGCAUCUCACUUUUCUCAUCCAUUAAAUCUUGCAAUAUGUCUUGCCGCUGGGGAGCGGGCCUGGCUGCCAUCCAGCCAGACCCGAGAGCAAAAAAAAAAACUAUGCAAUCAGGUCCUUAUCAACGAUGUGCACUCCCUAUUGGUGUGUGCUGAAGUACUUUCGUAAAGAACAAAAAAAAAAACUGACGCUUCCCACUCGAUGUAACCCAGAUGUGAUUAUUGUUUGUGUUUUUACCGUGCCCUGUGCUAUUGUUAUGUCUCAAAAGUGUAGCAUUCCCCUGUAAGCCUUCAAUAUCUGUCAGCAUUUCAAAAGCAGGACAAUUUGAGAAAAAAAAAAAUUGCAGCACGAAACAUUUCACUCUUCUUUGUCUGUCAGUCUGUCCCUUCGUAUUUACUGAUUCUCACUUUGUCGGACAAACAUAGCACAUUUCCAAAACCGAUAUAGAUGUAGCAAUGUAGAAAGCAAUCGGGCUCAUGCGGAAACCCAAAGAGUUAUUCAGCACCAGCACGCUGUGCGCCUUUAACCAAAUUCUCCUCAGGCUUUACGAGACUGAGCAGCUAACUGUUGUGACACUAUUUGUGUAAAGCAAAUGUUGCUGUGGAGCUUUAUUUUAUUUUUUUUCCUCCUAUCUCAGUGAUGUAAAUGGAAAGGGUUAUGCUAAUAUCGUUUUUUGACUACUGAUAUAUUUAUCUUUGUAGGCUAAAAGCAUUGCGAAACUGUGCACUUAAUCUUGCUUUCUGAUAAACAGUAUAAUCCAUGUAUUUACAAAUGUACACAGCUAUGCACUUGCUCUGUAUAGAAAUACAAAAAAAAAUCUUAUGUUUGGAGAAAGAUUUUAAUGAUUCUGGGUGGGGCAUUGUCCCACUGAUAGUGGGAGUUAGUUAUUGGCAAUAACUUCUUUUGUAAAAUGUAUAUUUUUUUUAUUUAGUUUCAUAUAAAACUACAUUAAGUUUUAAGAAGUUACUUAUGUUUUUAUGCACUUUUCUCUUAAGAUAAAUUUGUGUUUAUUUUGUGUCAACAACAAUCACACCUGAUUCUCAGUAUGUAAUUAUUCACAAAGUAUGUACAUGCCUGAUAUCUCACAGGAGAACUGUAGGUGACAGUAUAUUGUGAAUUGGAUCUGUUUGCACAGCUGCAGUCACCUUGAUAUUCUUCUGAUGGUGAUUACAACAUACUACUGUAUAUUGUGUAUCUAUGCUGAGCUCCGGAUUGUGUUUGUUUUUUAAUAAAUGUGUUAUGAAAUCUG